AUGCCUGCCGAGUUCCUCGCCAGCAACCCCCCACCGCUCUGGCUCACGCUCUACCACAUUGUCACCCGCCUCCCUGACUCACUGCGCGCAGUCAGGGACUCUCUUCUUGCUCGCUCCCCUACUGAGCUCACCAUCGCCAUCCUUGAGAAGGAUCUACUUGCAGCUGAGGCGAGCAUCGUCGCCGUAGGUGCCUCUCGUGGCGAGCCCCGCCACCCCUUCUUUGAGGGGUGUUCCCCUUCCCCCCUUCUCCCCUCUGUCGCCACUGCUGCUGCUGUCGACCUCCUUGGUGCUGAGAAGGUCGGGGCUGCGUCUGCCUCGAGCGGGCGUCGCAAGAGCAGGGGGGGCAAGGGUGGCGGUGGGGGUGGCGGCAGUGGGGGUGGCGGUGGGUCUGGAGACACUGGUGGUGGCAGUGGGGGUGGUGACAGCGGCGGCGGGAGUAGUGGCGGCAGCGGCGGUAGUAGCGGCGGCGGUGGUGGUCGUGGUCGCGGCAGGGGUGGAGGCUCCCGCUCUCAGUACUUGUGA